AUGCACCUCAUUCCUCUUAACCUUGUAAAGAGGAGACUGGAAUAUCUUCUUUCCAAUUCACUGGUGGAUCAAGAUCACUUACGCCAAGCUUUAAAACGGAUGCCCUGGACUACUGGUACAGUAAUCUAACUUAUAUUUCCAUUCUGUUAAAAUUUAACAGUAUUGUUACAUGCAUGUGUUAGGGGAUAAGCUCUAAUGCUAAACAGGUUCAUCCUGCCUUCUUUUAUGAUAUUUAAUGCUACUUGUUUGUGUGUAUAUACCAAUACAAUAAGUAGGAAUACAGUAAAAACCCGCGAGUAAGAACCAGCAUUUUUCCAGGUUAGCCUAAAUGCUUCUUAUAUAACGGAUAUUUAACAGAAUUUUAGGCUAAAUUGUAUCUUAACAGGUUCUUAUUUUCUGACGAAAAAAAUCAUUAUUUCUGAUCAAGUUUUUAGUGGUAUUCAGCCUUUUUCUUAUAUGAAAUUUGCAUACCAAUGUUUAGACUAUAUUGGAACUGUAUUGGCACUUUAUUGAUGUCAACAUAUCUUAUUCUCCAGAACAUGUAGACAUUUUUUAAUUAAUUUUGAAAAUAAGAACCAGUUUCAAAACUUUAGGCUCAAGUGGUUCUUAUAUAACGGGGGUUGGUAUAACAGGCAAAUUUUAGCCUAACUGGUUCUUAAAAUAGUGGUUCUUACUCGCGGGUUUUUACUGUAAGAGCACUGAAAAUAGGCACAAUGCUUUAUUAACUACAUGAAGUUGAUUUUAGAAAUCUUAUGUGUGAAAUAUAUUUCUUAGAGUACAAAGCUGCCAGACUUCCUACAGAUCUAUCUGAAAUUGGCUUUUGGAAAGGUACGCGUCUGAAACUUAUUUUGAGAGGGCUAUUUGAGGGUGGUACUUUUAAGUGCAUACUGGGAAAUUGAGUGAGUGUUUAUUCUUUCUAUUGUCCAGUUCUAAGUAAAAAGUAAAACUUAUUUCAGUCAUGUUAUAAAUCUCUUAUUAAUCACGCUUGCUUAGGACUAUACUGGGAUAAUGACGACAAGGCAAAGUCAGGUUCAACACUGUAAAUACCAGGGUCUUAUACCUUCGGUAAAAAAGAAUUGCAUUUAUUUUUUUUUUUUAUAAUUAGGUAACUUUGAUUUUGGGUUUCAGGCUGACUUGGUUGCCACAUUCCAAAAACUGCAUCAGUGUAAUGCUGAGAAACAAGUUUUUUACACAUCAUAAAUUAAAAAAAAUAAUAAUAAUAAUGUAAUUUGUUAUUAAUUUUUAUUAUAGCAAAACACAAAAAAACAGGGCAAAUUUUAUUUAACUUUAAAUUUAUAAAUUAUUAUGUUGCAGCUGAAGAAUAUCAAAAGCUUGGCUACCCAGCUUCUGAGUUUGUUCUGGAAGGAUUACUGUCGCCUGAACAUGGUGAAGUUUGGGCCCCACUUCCAAGAAUAGUGGAGUUUGUUUUCAAUUGUGGACAAAAUGGCUGGACAUUUGAAAUGAUUGAAACUUUUCAAAAAUUGUGCUGGCGAUACUGCAUUCUUGUUGAGGAAACAUAUGGCAUUUCAGAAUGUUUAAUAACACUACAUAGCCUAACACAUUUACCAGAAGACAUAACAAGAUUCUCAUCACCAGACAAUUUCUGGUGUUUUCAGUUUGAACGAGCAGUUGGUCGAUAUGUUAAGCAGUCCAGUAAUAAUAAAGGCAUAGAGAAAAGCUUUGCACGGAGAGAAUCGCAACAAGAAUUCAUCAAAGCUUGGUCACUUGAAAAGAAACAGUGGAAGAUUGCUUCAUCCAAGACUGGUAGCUAUGACCAACAAAAGGUAGAUUAAGAUAUCAGUAAUCACUACCUCCCCCAUUGUUAGGUGUGGCGAAUGGUCAUUGAAAAAUGAUGGGUCUUGGCAAAUUUUGCAUGAGUCUCAAAAUCUCAGCACAACAAACCAGGGUCCCGGAAUCUUGGCUCGUGAAAAACACUUGAAUUUUACAAUCGCGGCGCAGGGUCUUGGCAAGUCUCGGAUUUUACCAUUUGCCACCCCUAUUAUUCAUUGUCAGGAGUUUUCAUCUUUUUAACACAUUGUUAAUGCAUCCAUCGGCCAUUUCAAUAAAUAAGUGUAGAGCUGCUGUUCCAAGCUUUAAUAUGAAUAUCAUUAAAAUUAUAAACUGUCCAUUUAUUUACAGAUGGUUGCUUCUUCUCUUCAAGCAGCAAAGGACCUUGUUAGGUGGUGUGAACUUGUAAGAGUCGACACUAUCAGAGCUAACAAUGGUGUGCUUGUUGGGAAGGGUGAAAUAGAGGCACUUCAGAGAGAUGAACGGUUGAGUAUUAAGGAUUACUUUAGAAAUGUCCCUGGCUUUGGUGAAGCACCAGACACAGCAGCAGUUUAUAGAAGUGCCUUGGUAGAAAGGGCCCAUGCUUCUGCGUGUGGAACAGUAUAUCAUACUGGAGAUGAUGCUGUAGUAUCUCAAGGAGCCAACAUGAGCAUUGUCAAAAUAUUGAAAUUCUAUUUGGUUUUUGUAAACCAGGAGUACAUUCCUAUUGUGACUGGUGAUUCUUACCGAAUUGCUACAGAUGCUCUGGGUAACAUUUUAAGGCACCCUCUCAGUGAUACCAUUGUCAUUGAGCCAUUUGAGACAUGCACAUGUUUUCAAGUACAGGAUCUGAUAAGAAAAGUCAUGCUUUAUCCAUUUCAACCUGGAAAGUUUGCUGUUGUGGAUCCCAUGAGAUCAAGAAUCCCUAUUCCCCAGGUCCUUGUACCAGUGUCUCCCCAAGUGGGUGAAAUGGUGUCUGUUCAAGGAGGUGAUGAAGAAUUGUGGAGAGCUGAAGUACGAGCUGUAGACCAUGGACAUAAAACAAUCAGGGGUUAUUUCUUUGUCAAACACCAUCAGUGGAAUGAAAAUCAGUUGUGGAAAAGGGAAUCCAUGGGCCAUGCUAUGGACACCAAUCACUUUAAGAGCAUUGUCAGUAUACUUGAUGGACAGUGGCAUGGGCCUUACUGGAAG